CUUUCCGCUAGCUACUAACUUACUUCUUGCGUAACAAGCAGAUUGAUAAACACCGUGUGGUAACACGCCAGGGCAACGCAACACUACACCUGGAGGCUAGCACUCCUACCUCCGUACCGGCCACAAGAAACCCGGAACGAACGUACGUAUGUAUGUGGUGUGACGGAAAAUGAGUGUCAGCAUUCCAAGCGUGACUGGGAGCCUGAUUUGGGUGGCAGAGAGCAUCCUUGUAUCAUACUAUGGAAGAGGAUAGCUAUCAUACUACGGAAGCGGGUAGCAGAAAGCUAUGGAAUCACGGCGCCAGAAAGAUGAAUUAUUAUGAGGAUUGCGGAAUUAUUGUUCUCCCUCGCAUCCGGCGCUAUUCAUCGACCAUCACCAGGCAUCAUACAGCACUGACUGUGCGCCACUAGCCAUUCUACAUGUACUUUGACCUCUCAGUCUCAGCGCAGCCUGAACACUACGUCUUGUUGUUACUACUUGUACAAGUUGUAGUAGUACUGUAGUAGUAGUUGUUGUGCAAGGAGUGCAAGCCACAGACUCAGCAGAUCAUGACAGUAGUUGGCCUCGUGGGAAGUAUUCGGCUGCAUGCAGCUAGGCAGCUACUAGUUACUGUAAGGACACACAGGAGAGUCGAGUGCGUCCCCUGAAGUACGAUGGGCUGCUCGUGUGGACGGGCAAUGGCAGGCCCCAUGACAAGCGCAGAGGACCAGGAAAACAUUCUGAAACAGUCUGUGCGUUGUCUCAGCAUAAUCCUCCGGCUACAAUGACUAAUGCUGGUAGCAAUCCUCAGGUGACGACCUCCAGCCAUGGUCACACCACUCCAAGCAGUUCCACAGAAGUAUCAAGCACAGCAGAUAGCAGCAGCUUGCACACACUAGCUGGUCCCGCACUGAGUGGCAGUGUAGUGCGGGAUAGUGCCGAGAGAUUGUCACCGGUACUGCAUCAUCAACAACAACAUCAGCACAAUGCAAGUAGAGGUGGUGGUAGUCAUUAUCACCAGCAUCAACAUCGUCCUGCUGGCACUAUCUCCUUCAUACCACAGAAUCGUGGACAACAUAUCUCAGAGCCACUGGACACGGCGGCGUUUGCCAACUAUGAGUCCGGCUUUGUGAUUGGUAGCAAUGGAUCAUCAGAUAGUAGUAGAAGUAACCUCCAUGUUACACUACAGCCACCAGAUCAGCAGUGUGUGCACAGUGGUUCCAGUGUUGUACUACAAGCUGAAGUUCAGGACAGACUGAAACGUACAGUGUACUACCAAUGGUAUCGAGGCAGACAGCCGCUGGCCAAUCAAGCAAACAACAUCAUGAUUCUACAUGAUGUGCAACCUGGUCAAGCGGGAAAGUACCGUUGCAAAGCGUACACCAAACAACAACUACUGAGAACUCACUGUAGUACUCCCACAGCUGCUGCUGACGACAGGGGAACUGAAGCAAUUCUGACAUCACCGACCGACGUCAUAGUCAUAGAGCCAGACAGAAUCGAAGCUCCACGAAUUCGAGUUCAGCCACAGUCGGUGAUCGCAAGACGUGGUGACGGUGUUAAGCUUAGUUGCAUCGCCGAAGGACACCCCAAGCCGUCCUAUCUCUGGUACAUGAACGGCACACGACUACCAAAGCACACAGAGUCAGCACUCUGCAUUGACGCUUGCACAGAGGAACAUGCUGGCAUCUACACUUGUGAAAUACGCAAUGCUAGCGGGCACAGGAUCAGCCGCAAAGCAGAGGUAUGCGUUUACUACCCGCCCAUCACAGCCGGUGGAGGGAAUACACAAGCAUACUGCUCCGACCCCGUGAUCAUGUCCCAUCCGUCUUCAGCUGAGCUACGUACAAGCCAGCAGCAGCCCAUAGAGCUGGAGUGUUUGGCAACUGGUGCACAGCCACUGUACUACCAGUGGUAUCGCAAUGAUAGACCGUUACCAUCGGCAACAUCAUCACUGUUGACUCUGCGCUCAGAAUGUGACGGUGAAGACGCAGCAGCGGCGUUGGCAACAGAAGAUCACCGUCUAGCUGGAGUCUACAUGUGUUCUGUCAGCAAUCAUUUUGGUUCCCAGUCGUCCCAUCCGGCUACCAUUCACCCUGGGACAGGGGAUCCAGUCAGUGGAAACAGCAGCUCCCCCUCACCUGGAAAUAGUCCAAAUCGGAUCAGAGUCGAGUCUGAUGAGGGAAACACUAGCAGGUACGAAGCAGUAAAUCCCAGCAGUGGCCGUCAUGCCACAAGAUCACUCACCCUUUCUCUGCUCAGUGACAGCAAUUCUGAUGGAAGGUUGUCUGCAGAGACGCAAAGACAAACGGUUGCCGACCAUGUCCCAACCACCGUCCCCAUGCCAUUGAUCCUACAGCACCCACCAUUAGAACUUUGCCUGACAGCCGGUAGUAGAUUACAGCUACACUGUAAAGCAGCUGAAUCAACAGGUCAUGGAGAAACAGCAGCAGCAGCACCAGCAGCAGCAGUGUACCAGUGGUAUCGUGUGACUCCGUCAGAGUUGGAAACGCAUACACUGGACAACUGCACUGCGGAACACUUGGAAACGACAGUGAGCAGUCACGCAAGUCAUAGUGGAAUGUAUUAUUGCCGGGUCACUGUGGGACAACAGAAAGCAUACAGUCAGCCAUGCUCUGUACUCGUCAUGGAAGACUAAGAUGUCAUCACGCAUAUUUCUACCGUGCGUGCUCAUAGUCUUGGGAUCAUCCUAAUAAAGUUAUUAUUAUUAUUA